GCGCACGCGUGCUUGAAGUUGGACUUCCUCGCCCAGGGCGUUCGUGGCAACAUGGAGCUGAGUAGCCAGCCCCCGCCAGGCAUCCCGCGCAAGUUCAAGGAUCUGCUGCGCAAGGACGUCCUGGGCGCGCAGGUGCACCACGCCUCGGAGCGCCACGUGCACUUCGGUGCUGCUCCGUUCGCAGCCCCCGAGAUGCGUCUCAUCGAGCAGGGCCAGGAGCUGAUCAUGGGUGUCCGCUUCCCUGAUAGCGGUUCUUCCUACACGCAUAUUUCUCAGUUGCUUCGCUCGCUCAACGGUGGCGAGCUCCUCGGUUUGGCGAAAGAGCCAGGCAAUUUCGCCUGCGUCGCGAAGGCUGGGGACGCACUGUUUUUGCCCGCUGGCCACUUGUACUUGCCGUUUCGGCCGACCCCCGUCGUAGGCUUCAGGUGGGCGUGCUUGCCGCCGUGGGUCGGCGACUACGGUCGCAUCCUCAAGCUCGUCUCGUCGAUGCUGGACAGCUACCCCGCGCUGGCAGAGACGAAGAUGAAGCCGCGGCGCGAGUUCCUGGUCGAGUCGGCCCCCCCCAGCCAGAAGGGAGCCAUGGGCGGAGAUCAGCAGUAG